AUGUCAAUACAGAUACCCUUCGAGGCUAAUCACCCCGCAGGAGAAAUUAACCUGAAUAACGAUGUGGACGAACAAAGUAUCGACGAUACCAGCGAUUCUGACGAAGCCAUCGAAGAUGACGAUGUUCAUAUACUUGACAACGAGAAUGCUUUUGAGGGUGUAACGCAAAUGGAUUUGGAAGAUGAUAUAGCCUUUAUAGAGGCUUUAGAGCCUAACGAACCAGACGAUUUAUCCACGGAUGGGCUCUUCGACCCUGGAAUGGAUGAUUUUGAUGACUUUACCGACCAGGAACCUACUACGGAGCCGGAUGGCACAGUAGAAGAAGAAGGACCACCGCGGAUUGCAACAUGGAGGUUGAACCUUACGGCACUAUCACAAGUCUACAAUAUCUACAUGGUAGCAUACACAGACAAGAUAUAUGUCUCCCGGCCCCGCAGCUGCAUUACGAACUCCUUGCCUGCAGAGCCUGACCUCAUCUUACAACCUCAGCCUAGCGCUAUGGGUAUUGAAGUCGGCGGGUACCUGGAUAACAUCUUUCCGCAUCAGGUAAAUCAUCUGGUCAUUGGUGAUCUCGGCGAUGAGGAAAUUCUACUGCUUGCCUACGACGAUGGCGAUGUUAUCGGAUACUACACUCGGUCUAUUGAGAAUGAGCUGCUGCGCCGUGAGAGGGACGGCCGGGACAUUGAAAUCGUUCCCGAGCCCUUCUUUCACGAGAAUGUCGGGAAAAGCGCUUGGGGGCUCGCAGUUCACAAGAACUCUCGCAUUAUAGCCGUCAGUUCCAACGCGCACAACGUCUGUGUUUUCGUCUUUGCCUUAACCGGGAAACAUUAUAGACAUAAUCCCGAAGUCGACUCAGUUGAAUUCUUUAGGAACAUCGCUAAGAAUCUAAAUGGUGAUCCCUUGGAAUCAUCAUACAGCAAGCCAUUACCUGCUAAGGAGACUGGCUAUGUGUCUUCGCUAGAAAAAGCAAUCCGACGUCGAGAUGCCAACUGGCGAAUUAUCCUAGACACUGGUCCAGGAGGAGCCAAUAUACCAAAUGUUGCCUUUGGUAACGACAACAAGGGGGAAGCGGAUAAGGUUGUAGCAAUAGAUAUCGAGGGAAGGCUCUGGGUGAUGGACAUUUGGCACUUCAGCGGCCAUCCUUUCGUCAAGAUCGAGGACCUCUAUUCCGCUCGCUCGCGGAGUGUGAGGUUUCACUAUGACAGUUUCCGCAAGCCUCGGGGUUGGGGUGUUCUCGUUCUCCCCGAAAGCAGCUUCCUCCCGGCAGCUGAUUAUAAGGAUUCUCUAGGCCUAGAAAAAGAUAAUAUUAGAUUUAUUUCCCACGAGAGAAUUGGAAAUUGGUUUGAUAUCAGCAAGGCCAUCAAAAACGUGAAAAACAAUUCAUGGAUACACCCGUGGGUGAGAUGGGAUAAAACCUCGCGAUUUUCGUUCAACCCUGUUGAGCACAGGGGUGUACCACCUGGGGGUUCAUGGUUUGAAUUCGACCACAGGAUGAAGGUCCCCGACUCAAGCGCUGCGCAGGAGUUUCGGUCCGGGAAAACCGACUCUGGAUAUAUUGAGGAACCCAAGACUAUUCUCACGGAUGGAAGCAGUAUUCUACGAACAUACGAGGUCGAUCUUGAGCUUCGCAGUUUUGAGGAGGGUGGUAUAGGUAUAAUGUUUGAGAAAGCCAUCGACCAGUCUCGACCUCCGCAUGCAGUGACUCCAGCGAUGAGAAUAUCUCACGAACGCCUAGCGAAUCUCAUACACGUCCCGGAAUUGUCGCUAGUCGUAGCCGGCUCAUUGUGCGGGCGAGUGGCGCUUGUCACUUUGACGCGCCCCCCAAAGCAGUUCCUAUUCAAACGAGGCUUCAAGGUUGAGGCCGUCCUACCCCUUAAACGGGAUGAAGACAACGAGAUGCGGCCUAUCUGCCCCUUGUUAGGGGUGGCCGUCGGGCCAGUGCCGUUCUCCGGAAAUGUAGAACGAGCAACCGGGCCUGUUGACCGAAGACGAUACCGCAUCAUGCUUCAGUACUACGACCUUAGAAUUCUCAGUUAUGAAAUAUCUCGAAACUCAUUAACAGACCCCCUCUCCAUCGUAUGA